CUCUACACUAUAAAUUCGUUCAUUCUCUUCCGCCAUUCAAGUCCAACCAUCCAGGCAUGGCUUCUCACUCCACCCACUUCCAAUUUGCCAUUUUCACUGCCAUUAUAGCUUUGAAAUAUUCUUCAUUUCCGGCCGUUGUGUCAGCCACUCUGAAUCUUGACACAGACAAACAAGCUCUGCUUGCAAUCAAGUCUGCAUUUCAAAACAUUCGGCCUCCAAAUCCCCUGUCUUCCUGGAGUAACGAUCAAACUUCAUCUCCCUGCAAAUGGGUCGGCGUUAGCUGCACCAGAGAUGGCAAACGAGUUGUUGGCUUGAAUCUCACCGGCUUUCAACUCUCCGGCUCCAUAGAUCCUCAUCUUGGAAACCUUUCCUUCCUUCAUUCACUCCAACUUCAAAGCAAUCAAAUAACAGGGAUAAUCCCACAUCAAAUCACCAAUCUUUUUCGCUUGAGAGUUUUGAAUAUGAGUUUCAACACUUUACAAGGCCAAUUACCCUCCAACAUCAGCAAAAUGGUUGAUCUUGAGAUCCUUGAUUUGAUGUCAAACAAAAUCAAUGGGAAACUCCCUGACGAGCUCAGCCGCUUGAACAAACUCCAAGUUCUGAUUUUGGCACAAAACCAACUCUAUGGUGAAAUUCCACCAUCUUUUGGUAAUCUUUCUUCCCUUGUUACCAUAAAUUUAGGCACAAAUUCAAUAACUGGCUCCAUUCCCACCCAACUGGCUGCCAUUCCAAACUUGAAGCACUUGAUUAUCACCAUUAACAACCUCUCUGGCACUGUUCCUCCUGCCAUAUUCAACAUGUCUUCCUUAAUCACUCUGGCCUUAGCCUCCAACCAACUUUGGGGAACAUUUCCCAAAGAUAUUGGAGAAAAACUCCCAAAUCUUUUAGUAUUCAAUUUUUGUUUCAACAAGUUUACAGGAACAAUUCCUGAGUCGUUGCAUAACAUUACAAGAAUACAAGUCAUACGGUUUGCCCACAAUUUACUUGAAGGGACAGUCCCACCUGGUCUCGAGAAGCUUCACGAUCUCUUAAUGUACAACAUUGGAUACAACAAAUUUGUGGGUUCAGAUGCAAAUGGAGGCCUCAACUUCAUCACCUCCUUGACAAACAGCUCUCGCCUUGCCUUUCUAGCUCUUGAUGGGAACAAUUUCGAGGGUGUGAUUCCGGAUUCCAUUGGGAAUCUCUCCAAGGAUCUUUCUAAGUUGUACAUGGGAGAGAAUCGUUUUUAUGGGAAUAUACCUUCCACCAUUUCUAAUCUGCAGGGGUUGUCUCUCCUGAAUUUGAGUGACAACUCGUUAUCAGGUGAAAUCCCUUCUCAAAUUGGCAAAUUGGAAAAGCUUCAAAUGCUUGGUUUGGCAAGGAAUCAACUUUCUGGUAGAAUUCCAACUUCUUUGGGUGAUCUUAGAAUGUUAAAUCAAAUUGAUCUGUCAGGAAAUGAUUUGGUAGGUAACAUACCCACCUCUUUUGGGAACUACAUGAAUCUGCUUUCCUUGGAUUUGUCCAAAAAUAAGCUCAAUGGACGUAUUCCAAGAGCCACUCUUGCCUUGCCUGGUUUAAGCAAGGUUUUGAACCUUUCCAAUAACCUUUUCAGUGGGCCACUUCCUGAAGAAAUUGGAUCUCUAGAAAAUGUUGUUACUAUUGAUAUCUCUAGUAACCAUAUCUCUGGUAAUAUUCCUCCUUCAAUUAGUGGUUGCAAAAGCUUGGAGGUAUUGAUAAUGGCCAACAAUGAAUUCUCAGGUCCUAUCCCAAGAACUUUUAAGGAUCUUAGAGGCCUCCAGCAUCUGGAUCUCUCCUCAAACCAUCUUUCAGGCCCCAUUCCUAAUGAACUUCAACAACUAAAAGCUCUUCAAACUCUGAACCUCUCUUUCAAUGAUCUUGAGGGAAUUGUUCCAAUAGAGUUGGAAAAUAUCACUAAUCUUUACUUGCAAGGCAAUCCAAAGCUUUGCGAUGAACUCAAUCUCUCAUGUGCAGUGACAAAGACAAAAGAAAAGGUGAUUAAAAUUGUGGUCGUCUCUGUUUUAUCAGCAGUGUUCGCAAUAUUUCUUAUAUUUGGUACUGUGGUUUACCUCAUGAGAAGAAAAUCAAAGGAUAAAUCAUUCCAAUCAAGUGAAUUGCUAAAGGGGAAGCCUGAAAUGAUCUCGUAUCGUGAUCUCUGUUUGGCAACUCAGAACUUCAGCCCAGAAAAUCUGAUUGGAAAAGGGAGCUUUGGGACUGUAUACAGAGGCUAUUUGGAACAGGGGAUUGCCAUUGCUGUCAAGGUUAUUAACAUGGAAAGGGCUGGUUCUGUGAGGAGCUUUCUUGCAGAGUGUGAAGCUUUAAGAAACGUAAGACAUCGAAAUCUCGUUAAGCUAAUCACUUCCUGCUCCAGCAUAGACUUCAAACACAAGGAGUUUCUUGCUCUGGUUUAUGAGUUUCUGAGUAAUGGAAGCUUGGAUUCAUGGAUUCAUAAGCAUAAACUUCAUGCAGACGGAAGUGGGUUAAAUUUAAUUGAGAGAUUGAACAUUGCCAUUGAUGUUGCCUCUGUGUUGGAUUACCUCCACAAUGGUUACGAUGUUCCAAUUGUUCACUGUGAUUUGAAGCCCAGCAACAUUAUUCUUUCGGAAGACAUGACUGCAAAAGUUGGGGAUUUUGGGUUAGCUCGUUUACUGGUGGAAGGAGGAAAUAACCAGUCUUCGUCCAUAACUUCCAGUCAUGUCUUAAAGGGUUCCAUUGGCUACGUUCCUCCAGAAUAUGGAGUGGGAAGAAAGUCUACAACAGCUGGAGAUGUGUACAGUUUUGGAGUAACAUUGAUGGAGCUAUUUACAGGGAGAUGUCCAACCUAUGAAUAUUUUUCAGGAGAUCUCAAUUUGAUCAAAUGGGUUCAAUUGGCUUAUCCAAAGGACAUAUAUGAAAUAAUGGACGCUACAUUAUUAGAGUUGGGCACCAAUUUAUACUAUCAAGAACAACAGAUUGACUCAACUAAACAGUAUGAUUGCUUCGUUGAUGUAAUGGGCAUUGGACUAUGUUGCACUGCAGAUUCGCCUGAAAAGCGCAGUUGCAUGAAAGACGUCUUGUCGAAGCUCAAGACGAUAAGAGCCACUCUUAUCCAGCCUUCAAAUGGGAAUGAUUGAGCCAUGGAGUAAAAGCAUCAAUUGUGAGAGCCUUGAGAAUGGGCGGUUUUUUAUUUUAGGGUUUGAGAGUGAAUGAAUGAUAGAAUGAUUAUUCUUUUAGAUGUAAUCGCAAAAGUUGAAAUUUACUUGGCCUAGUUUCAAUAAAUAUUAAA